UGUUUAAAAUAAUGAUAAAAAAGACAAGGUCCUUUUUUUAUUUCUUUUAAAAAUCCUCUUUUACUUUUAGUAGAUCCAAGGUUUCGGUUUUUGCGGUUAGUUCAAUUCCAUUCUGGAUUUUGUUUUUCUUUUUUUGGUCCUCCGCAUGUUGAUUAGCGUGUUGGCAGUCACCUUUUAGCUUCUCCUUUGGCUGACAUGCUCAAAGUUUUGAUCUUUUGGUCAGGGGAAUCGUAAGGAGAUGGAAAGGAUUCAGAUUUGGAUUACCGUGCUGACGAUGGUGAGCAAAAGCAUAUAUGUCUGACAUAGCUGCAAUUCGAUCUUAGGAAGUAUCAUGAACUUUGACCCAUCCAAGUGGGCUGUUUUGCUGAUGGCUGGUUUGAUUUGAGACAUGUUAAAUCUCCAAACUAGGUGAUACCAGGCAAUGUGGUUGGACAUCCAACACCCCAGUAUUAUACCGAUCCAAUAGUGGAUGGAGAUUUAAAUCCUUGCUUGGUCAGACUGCUAAAUUCCGGUCUCUACCAAUUAGUAAAUUCUAGUUUGUUACGAAAUGAUGAUGAAUUAGUUAGCCUCUCAUCAUAACUCUACCAGUAAUGAACUUGCACUGAGACUCAUGAGGGACAGUCACAACCAAUUGAAUAUGAUUAUGCUUGAAAAUGUGGCUGCACAAGAAGAAAGCCAGGAUCAUGUAGCAAACACACUAAAAAGGGGAAGACAAGUUACAGUUCCACCAGAUUGUGAAACUGAAGAUUUAGCUAGUGAAGAACAUGAUGAAAAUAAAUGUACAGAAGCUCCAUAUAAUGUUCUCAAAAUGAUUGGAACAGUUGAAACUGACACAUUGUCGAUUUCAGACAAAACUGUUACACAAAUUAAAGUUCAGGACAAUGACUGUCAAGUCAUCAAAGACAUAUGUGUGGAUGAUGGUUUACAUGCUUUUGAGAAAAUAUUGUUGAAAAAUGCUGCAGUUAGCGAGAACAUACCUUCUGGCUUCAAAACUUAUGCAACAAAUGCAAACGAUAACUGGAAUCAGCAGAUGACACAUGGUACUGCACUAGUUGUGGAAGGUUUGAAAUAUACUGAUGCUGCUGAUGAUGAUAAGGACCAAAAGUCUUCCUGGGGCUUGUUUGAAUCUAAACAAAAGUUGGAUGAAGGCAACCAGCUCGCAAGUAAAACCUCCGAGAAGAUCACUUUGCAGCAUUUGUUUUCACUGGGAGAGUUGGACACACUUGCCCACCACAUGGUUUUAACCAGUUAUGGUAGCAUCAGUAGUACAAAACAAAGUAUUGGUCAGAUGAAUAUCGAACAGGUCACACUUGAAGAGGAGCAUUCUGAGAAUUUGCAAUGUGAUUCUAGCAUGACUUAUGAAAGUAUUAUGAUUUUGGAAAAUCUGAAUGAUGACCUGUCAGAGGGUAAUUUGGAAACGAAGUGCUCUGCUGCCACAAAUGAUCCAUUGGAUGUCACAUUCUCCGACCGAAAUGGUGAUAGCAUGGAAAAACCUCCUAAUGCUCAGCUGGAAGGAGUCUGUAAUUCUGACUUCAAUUCUGUAGCAGCAGCAGCAGCAGCAGCAAUAAGUGGCACUGAAAAGAACAACAAAAAUGCAGAUGAUAAACAAUUAGUAAAUGCUCUUUAUUACCGGAGUAAUGAAGAGAUGGUUUUUGAUGCAACAACAGCUUCUGCUCAAAGUUCAUUUUAUCCCAAUAAUCAUGGGGACUUGCAUUUUUCUGGUCCUUCUUAUUUGUCAGGCCCAAAAGUGUCGUCAGGACAUAUUGCAUAUUCUGGUAGUAUAUCUCUUCGAUCUGAGAGCAGUACCACCAGCACUCAUUCAUUUGCCUUCCCAAUAUUACAAACAGAGUGGAAUACCAGCCCCAUAAGGAUGGUCAAAGCUGAUCGGAGACAUUUAAGGAAAUACCGGUGGAGAACAGGAUCCGUGGCAUUGGAUUGUGGCUUGAGUUGAAAGCAGAGAUGUAGGCUAUUCUUAUUCUUGCUUACAUGCCAUGGUUUGUCAAGGAAAGAAUACAUCUGUGGAAGCUUGAAUCUUGUUUCUUAGUUUCUUCCUUCUCUUGGUUGAAUUUAAAGGCCUUGAUGCAUGGAAAGUGAUCCUCAUAGUUAUUAUUGUUUUUUCUUUGUACAAGAAUUUCUCUCUUCUUCUUUUUUUUUUUUAUCUCUGUAGUUGUUCAAGAGAAUCCAAAGCUUAAUCAUGCAAACACUUUUCCACCUCAA